ACAGAUUUUGUCCUUUUUGGUUUUCCUGGAAUCAUAAAAUACAGAAGACUGUUAACAAUCCCAUUUCUUCUAUUAUAUCUCAUUAUUCUGUCUGGAAACAUCCUCAUCAUUCACCGGAUUUUUGUUGAACCGAGCCUCAGCUCGCCCAUGUACUUCCUCAUGUCCCUCCUCUUCACUGUCAAUCUUUCCUCCACAACUGCCAUCCUGCCAAAAUUCCUCCUCGAUCUAUCUUUUGAUAUAAACCAGAUCACAUUCUCUGGUUGCCUCAGUCAGAUGUUCUACAUAUACUUCAUGGCUAUUUUUGAGUCUGGUGUUAUCCUCUCAAUGGCCCUGGACAGGUUCAUCGCUAUCUGUAGACCUUUACAAUACAACAACAUCAUGACCCCACGUUUGCUGCUUCAGUUGGCUUUCAUUGGGGUGGCACGGAGUGCUCUCUUUGUUUCUCCGAUGGUCAUACUGACUUCUAGAGUCCACUUCUGUAAAUCCAACAUCAUCCUGAAUUUUGUCUGUGAGAAUAUGGGGAUUUUGAGCCUUGCCUGCGGAGAUAUCUCCAAACAGCAAGCUGUCGGUCUCAUGGUUAGGAUCUUGGUCACUGUCAUUGAUGUCAGUCUUCUCCUACUGUCCUACUCCAGCAUUAUCUACACGGCCAUGAAGAUUGCUGUUGGGAAAGCCCGUCACAAAGCCUUACACACCUGCGGAGCACAUCUGACUGUGGCCACCAUGAUUUACGUGUCCGCACUGUUGUCAUCAAUUGUGUACCGCAUGCAAACUCAUAUCUCCUAUGACAUUCAGAACCUGUUCAAUGCGAUCUAUCUCAUGCUACCGGCUUCCCUAAAUCCCUUCAUCUAUGGGCUGGGGGUGAAAGAGAUCAGAAGGUGCUUCAGCAGGUCCAGAAAUAAAAAGAAUACGAUGAUCUCAUCCUCGAUGCGCAUUCAGGUCAACGAGAAAUUUGUUUUACGAUUUUCAGCUGAAAAGUAG